GCAGAUGAGCCCCACUGGUCUGCUCCAGCGCUGAGAGUCUGAGGGGUGCCCGCCACCCCUGCUGCCACCAUGUCCCAGAUGCUGCACAUUGAGAUCCCCAACUUUGGGAACACCGUGCUGGGCUGUCUGAACGAGCAGCGCCUGCUGGGCCUCUACUGCGAUGUGUCCAUCGUGGUCAAGGGCCAGGCCUUCAAGGCCCACCGCGCCGUGCUGGCUGCCAGCAGCCUCUACUUCCGAGACCUCUUCAGUGGCAACAGCAAGAGCGCCUUCGAGCUGCCAGGCACCGUCCCGCCCGCCUGCUUCCAGCAAAUCCUGUCCUUCUGCUACACGGGCAAGCUGACCAUGGCGGCCAGUGAGCAGCUAGUGGUCAUGUACACGGCCGGCUUCCUGCAGAUCCAGCACAUCGUGGAGCGCGGUACCGACCUCAUGUUCAAGGUGAGCUCGCCCCACUGCGACUCCCAGAGCGCUGUCAUUGAGGACGCCGGCUCUGCGCCCCAGAGCCCCUGCAACCAGCUGCAGCCCGCCACGCCCUAUGUCGUGUCCCCCUCGGUACCCAUCCCGCUGCUCACCCGUGUGAAGCAUGAGGCCGUGGAGCUGCCGCACGCCGCCGGCCCAGGCCUGGCCACCAAGCGGCCACUGGAGACGGGGGCCCGGGAAGGUGUGACAGCGGCAGCAGGUGCCACGGUGACGGCUGGCACAGCCCCCCUCAAGCUGCCCCGCGUGUCCUACUACGGCGUGCCCAGCCUGGCCACCCUCAUCCCCAGCAUCCAGCCGGUGCCCUAUGCCCAGGGCGAGAGGACCAGUCCGGGGGCCAGCAGCCUGCCCACCACCGACAGCCCCACCUCCUACCACAACGAGGAGGAUGAGGAGGAUGACGAGGCGUACGACACCAUGGUGGAGGAGCAGUACAGCCAGAUGUACAUUAAGUCCACCGGUGGCUACGCAGUGCCGGAGAAGCCGGAGCCGGUACCUCUGGAGAGCCGCUCGUGCGUCCUCAUCCGCCGAGACCUGGUGGCCCUGCCCGCCAGCCUCAUCAGUCAGAUCGGGUACCGCUGCCACCCCAAGCUCUACUCGGAGGGGGACCCCGGAGAGAAACUGGAGCUGGUAGCAGGCUCCGGAGUCUACAUCACACGGGGCCAGCUGAUGAAUUGUCACCUGUGCGCGGGGGUGAAGCAUAAGGUCCUGCUGCGAAGGCUCCUGGCCACCUUCUUUGACAGGAACACCCUGGCCAACAGCUGCGGCACCGGCAUCCGCUCGUCCACCAGCGAUCCCAGCCGCAAGCCACUGGACAGCCGCGUCCUGAAUGCUGUGAAACUCUACUGCCAGAACUUCGCCCCCAGCUUCAAGGAGAGUGAGAUGAACGUGAUCGCAGCCGACAUGUGCACCAACGCCCGGCGGGUCCGCAAGCGCUGGCUGCCCAAGAUCAAGUCCAUGCUGCCCGAGGGCGUGGAGAUGUACCGCACGGUCAUGGGCUCCUCGGCCGCCAGCGUGCCUCUCGACCCCGACUUCCCGCCCGCCACCCAGGUCUUUGAGCAACGCAUCUUCACUGAGCGUCGGGCUGACUCCGCGGCCAUCGUGGCCCUCCGAACAGACACUGUGAAUGUAGACCUGGCCUCCGCCCCCAACCCCGCCUUUGAGGCCGGCGAGGAGGCCGAUGGGGCGGGCUCGGUCAUCCAGGAGGUGGCCGCACCCGAGCCACUGUCCACCGAUGGCCAGAGCCCAGCCCAGCCCUUUGAGCAGGGCAGCGCCAGCUCCAGCCGGCCCGCGACCCCUGCGCGGAGACCAGAGCCCGGCAGCUACCCCGGGACUUUGUAAGGGCCGGUGGGCGGAGCAGCGGGCGGGGUCUUGGCGCUAGAGCUUGCAUGUGUUACUAAUUCAGACCAAUGUGAUCGAGCCACAACCUACUGAACCGCUACUGUUGCCUGAGACAAUGUGACUUUACUCUGCUUGUAUUUAACGUAUGAAGGAAA